AUGCCGGCUUCAAGGUCUAAGCGGGUGACUGCGAUCCAGCCUCCGAGUGCGAGUCGCUCCCUCAAGACGUCUGGCGCCGUCAAACGUCGCUCACAGUUUACCGCCGCUGAAGAUAUCCUCCUCGUCUCGCACCUCUGCAGGAUUCCAGCGGCGAAACGCCGGCAUAAGAAGGUUUUUGAGCGGAUUCAUGCUGAGCAGCCUGGCCUGCAACGCCAUUCUGCCCGCUCGUGGUUCGACCGCUAUUGCCGCAGGAGGGACGAAUACGACUUUAUGUGCGAGAUGAGGGCGAGGGAAUUGGGCUCUGCAAGCGCUGAUGAGCCGAAUACUGACACCCGGACUCCGACUGGUUUGCAACUCAGCGCCGACGACAAGCUGCUGGCGGUCACCAUCGGGCUCAAUGUCAUCGCGCAAGUGCAUAACGUUCCUAUCAGGGAAGUGUACUCGAUAUGGGAGGCUGAAGGCUGCUUGGAGCGCGUUGACGCGGUGUUGUCGUUGGCUGGGAAUGGCUCGGAUGUAGAGAUGACCAGCGUGGAAUCAGAUGCGAGUAGCUCUCAGUCGCCUGACUCUGAAUCUGAGUCCGACAACGACGUCACCCCUUCUUCCCUCCACAAAUCCACCAGCCAAUACGACUUCGACACUGAAAACGCACAGGACCUGUCAACCGGCCACUCAAACUCUUCCCGCGCAACCUCCCUUGCUCCUGCUGGUGAAAGUGAAGUCGAUGCUGCAGGUAGGGCCGACCGUAUCGAGUCGGACCUGGAGGAUCAUCCAUCAAUCAACCAAUCGACUUCGUUUCACGCAACCUCCAUUCCUGCUCAUGCUGGCGACAGCGAAUCAGACCCUGAAGAGUCGCCCAAAUCCGGAUUUGAGUCGGAUGACAAUGCCAGCUCGUCGUCUGGAGCAAAAUCCGCCAGGGAAUCUGAGUCUGUCAUUGACAGCGAGUCGGAUAAGGGAGAAUUAGGCCGAGAUGCGACAGGGAGCGAGUUGGACUGGGAAGAAGGCAACGCAACGAUGCUGGUCGACUCGGAAUCUGAUCCUGACACAGGACCUGAGGAAAGCGAACACGACGCCGAUUCGGAUGAGCCUCGCGACCUUACUCCGCCACCCGAGCUUACUCCCCGCGCGCCGAGGCGCAUGAUGGCGCGUCGCUUGUACAACGGGCAGCCCAUCUUGACGCUCGACAGCUUGAGCACCAUUGCCUCAGCCGAUGAAGGGAGUGCCGCUAGCGAGUCUCAUAUGUCGCAGACACACUGCACGGGCGACGGAGUGGGGGCGAGUGAUGGCGAGGAGCAAGAGAGCACGUAUAUCGCGACACAGCCCGAUUUAUUUGGCCCGCCAUUGGGUCCGUCGAAGCGUCGCGGGAAAGAGAGGGGACGGAAAGACAAAGCCGAGGAGGAGAUGGACUUCGAGAAUUUCAGCUGGGGGAGCUUGAGGCGAUGA